GUGGCCCCGCGGCUCCGGGCUCGGCCGGUGCCGGUUGCUCAGGGCAGGACCCCGCCGACCCCGGCUCGCGGACCCGAGCCCGCUGGUCCCAUUGCAUUUCGUUUCCUUUCGCUUUGGUUCCGUGCCGUGUCCCCGUUUAUGUUGUUGCCGUUGGUUUUGGUUUGAUUUUGAUUUUUUAUUAUUUUUUCCCCUUUCUCCCUUCCCGUGGAGAUUAAAUUUGUUUCUUCUAUCUCUGUCUCCACCUCCCCGUUUCUUGGUGUCUCCUCUCCCUGAAGAUCACUACAUUUCAAGCUAUCCGAAAGGUACCCAGCAUAGAACUCGCUACCGCCUUAAUUCUCACUGCCUGUGCCACCAGAUUCCUCGAGCGGAUUCGAGCUGACUCGCUGGGCAGCCCCUCCAUCCCCUUCCAGUUUUAACACGGGCUCUCCCCCCUCCCGCGUUCCUCCAGGAACCCGAGGGCCGGGGCCGGGUCUCCGAUUGGGAAUGCAGCCACGCAGUGCAUGGCUGAGGCAGCGGUGCAUGCCCGAGCCGCGUUCCGCCCCGUCCCGUCCCGAUGUGGAGAAUCUCAGCCGAGAGGAGAUGUGUCUGUUCCCCCUCUGACUCUGGUUUCUGUUUGUUUUCAGUUCCCCUCCAUGCUUUAACCCCCCCCUCCCACCUCCCCCCUCCUCUUUUCGGGUCUGCGUAGCGGACGGGGAGCGCAGCCCCCUCCCCGCCGGGGUCCCGGAGCGGGGCCGCACGCUCAGCGGUUGCCGAGCCGCGUCCGCGUGGCCGAACCAUUCGUGUCACAUCCCAAGCGGUGCCAUCGAGCCCGGCCGGCUUCACACCGACACCCCGAGCUGCUCCCCUUCCCGGCGGCCCCAACACCCCCCCCAACCCCCCCCUACCCCUCCGCAGAGCUCUGAGCCCGCGCGCCCUCGCCUCGCUGUGCCCCAUCCCGCUGUCCUGCGUCCGGAGCUGCGGCCGUGAGCCACCGGUUCUCCUCCCUGGAGCUCGGUGCUGGGGCCGCGAGACGUGCUGGGGCCGUGAGACGUGCUGGGGCCGUGAGACAUGCUGGGGGCCCUUCUCUUCUCUCCCCAAGGUGGGACGACGGUGCGCAAGGAGAUCAUCAGGAACAAGAUCCGAGCCAUCGGGAAGAUGGCACGCGUCUUCUCGGUGCUCCGGGAGGAGAGCGAGAGCGUGCUGACGCUGAAGGGCCUGACCCCCACGGGCACCCUGCCCCUGGGCGUGCUCUCCGGGGGGAGGCAGACCCUGCAGACCG